ACGUAAAGCGGUUCAUCGCGGUCCUCAGUAUUGUUCAUUGGUUCUGUAAUCGAAGACUUCACAUUUUUUGCUUAUACAGCUAUUAAGAAAUUUUGCGAAGCGAUCAACAUGUUGAUAAGUUGUUGAGUAAAGAUCCAAGAUGAAUGCAACAGGAAAAAAUGGGCCGGUGUUUAUCAAGACGUACAGUAAAAGAAUGCGAAAGGUUGAGCCUUGGUUCUCCCCUGACCUGAAGAAAGCAGCUUUCUCUUUUUCAAGCACUCCCUCAUCGGAUCAGUCCAUAUCAGAAAUCACACAUCCCAAGAAGCGGAGAGUAAGAGAAACAGGCUCCCAUGCCGCAAAGAGCAAAGGCAUGACUGCCAUAAAGGAGAAAGAGAGUGAUGAGGAAAACUACACGCCGUCCGUAUCAUCCCGAAAAAAGGUAAAUGCAAAACCAUCAGUAAGGACAACAGCUAUGAGAACUCAAACAACAAAGGCAAAACGAAAUAAACAAUUAAUCGUUUUCACUAGCAGUGAAAAUGAGGAUGAUGCCUUGAUGAUGAAGAAUAAAGUCCGUCCAAAAUCAUCUGCUGAUGAAUGUGCUGGUGCCAAGAAAGUAUUAGACCCUCCCCAUUUGGGCAGAUUUGUUACACAACGCAAAAGACCACCGGCAACUAUCCGAACUAAGAGGAUCUCUCUUGUUCUUCACCGCACGCUAGAUUCCUCGGAUGAUUUCCUCCCUUCAUUCUCCAAAAAUAAGCGUGUUGCAAGCAGAAGGCCAUUUGACAUGGAUAAACAUGACUCAAAGAAUCACGCUGCUCUCAAGAACCGCAAACGCUCACAGAAACGUGUGGCUCUGGCUGAGGUCUCUUUCAAUGAUAGCGAUGACCAGCAGCUCCCAAGUAAACGUCCCCUGCUAUCAAGCACCCCUUCCCUUGUCUGCAGACAGCUCCAAAACUUACCAGAUCCCUCCAUCAGUGAGAUCUCCUCCCUCAGCUUUGAUGAAAUGCACCAACCUACAGAAAACAACAACAGCCUUCAUAGUUUGAAGAGUGUCAAAGUUUGUGACCACACAGCACAGGAGAAGAAAAGUCAACAGCUCCCAAACCCAGGCACCUCUUCUGGAGAGAGAGAGAUGGAGCAGAUUGAGGGAGAAGAGGAAGCAGUUGUGGAAGAACGAGCUGGGGAUGGAGAGAGUUAUCAGGGAAAAGAAGGAUGUGCUGAGGCCACAUCUGCACAGCCAAGCACAAGUUUUGGAUGUGUGUCACCACAGUCACACAUAAAAUCUUUAACAGAUGAGCUAAAAGAGAGGUGUCGCACAGUGGAUGUAACCAUAAUGCUCAAAAAAACAGAUGUCUCAGACAUGGUGCAAAGCUGCAGCAGGAAAGGGGAAGAGAAGAUUGCCUCAGUUUGUUUGGAGUCCUUUGUGGCAGCAACCACUCAGAACAGCAAAACCUAUGGGCCAACAAAAGCACCCUGCACUGAGUCCCCAUACACCUGUCGCAGGGAAAGUGCCACCUCUCCACCUUUUAAGGAGACAGGGAAUAUUAUCCUAAACAGUCCAAUAAAUAAUAGGACUCCCCGUAAUGCUGAAGCAGUUGUUCAACACUUGUCUGCAUCAUUCCAACUACCUCCGGUCUCUCCACCUGCCUCUGCAGCUCAUAGCAAAACACGACCACCUGCUGUGCCUAAAGAACGCACAGGUGCUGGUUCUGGCACCGGUCGUAAAGUUUGCGUGAGUGGACUUAAUGUCAGCCGCUGGUCAAAGAGGGGUACUGGAGAAUUCAAUGGAAAGCGCAAGAAAAAUGAAGAGCGAACAAAGGCUGUAUCAGGAGACUACAGUUCCUGUGGCAGCUUGUUGUCUGCUGGAGCUGACACUUAUUCAGGGGACUCAACAUGCGGCUGGCUGCAGGGCACCAGUGGGAUUGGUCUGGCUGUGACACCUCUCAGAAUGGAGCAAAUGAAUCUGUCUUCCAUCCUGGCCAACUUCACUCCUGACACACUCACAACACACUCCUGGGGCCGACUAAAGGCAGCACUGUCCCUGCAUAAGAAGAAAACUGCAUUUCCCACCCCUCGACGCUUGGUUCAGUCUCAUUUGAAGUCCCCAGGCUCUAGGUUUCCAGCUGAAAACAGUCUAGACCGGUUUGGUUCCCCUGUCUGCACACCAUCCAGAUUCACACCUUCACGCAUGCUCCGGUCCACCAUGAACACCCCCAUGAUUUCAUACGACGAAGAUAUAAGUGAUGCAGAAAAAGUGUAUCAGGAAUGUCAGCAGAGCGGCCCACUUUCCUUCAGUGACUGUAUCCCUCCAGCUCGCAUGAAACACUGCAACAAGAUCGGAGAAGGGACGUUUGGAGAGGUCUUCUCAACCAUAAAUGAGUCCAACGAGACUGUUGCUCUUAAAAUCAUCCCAGUAGAAGGCAGUCAGCAGGUCAAUGGUGAACACCAGAAAACAUUUGGUGAAAUCCUCCAUGAAAUCAUCAUUUCCAAAGAGCUGAGCAGCCUUAACACGAAGGAGUUUAACAAGACAGACGGUUUCAUUGGGCUCAACAAGUAUGCAGCUUUUUUUUCUUAG